AUGGACCAUUUCAAGUCGUUUACUUCGAACGUCGCGGAGCGAUUUGGCGCUCUUAACCAGCAAGCACGGGAGCGCUUUGGCCACGCCGAUGACAUCACUGAACUGCCUGAAGAGUACCGGCAUUUGGAGCAGCGUGUCGAUGCGAUGAAGAAUGCACACGCUUCCAUGAUCCGCACAGUCCGUGUUUUUGAGCAGGAAGCCUAUGAUUACCCGCAGCAUCUGCAAGAGACGCUCUCGCAGAGUGCACAGUCAAUCGGCCAUACACUUUCGUCGUGGGCGUCCACCGCUGCGAAGAACACCAACAUGGGCAACGUCGAGCCCACUCAUGCGCCGGAGACAGCGCCACGAACGCUUUACCACGCACUCUCGCGCAGUGCAACUUCUGCUGCAAUGGACCUCGAGCAGGUUCCUAUGAGUGCUUCACAGUCAAUCGAAGAGCCGGGCGCAUCGAUCGAGCACAAGCUUGCCGAGCUGCUGAAGAAGCUGGCCGUCGCCGAGAACAGCAUUGGCAAUGCACGACUCACACAGGACCGCAGUAUUGUGCAGUCGUUCAUCAUGGUCUGGAACGCAUUCGGGAGCCAAAUCAACCUCGCACUAAAGGCCCGCCAGUCUGUGCGCGAUGCACGCCUCCAUUUGGACAACCGCCGUGGCGCAUUGAAGCACGCCGAGCAGCACGAUAGUGUACGUGCGGAAUCGAUCCGUGGGGAGGUUGAGCAGGCAGAGGACAAGCUUGUGGGCGUGACAGAAGAAGCGAUCAGUCUCAUGAAGGCCGUACUGGACAACCCUGAGCCUGUGCAGACGCUGGCCUCGCUCGUCAAGGCACAGCUUCACUACUACCGCGAGUCGGUCGGUGUUCUCGAGCAGCUGGACCAGGAUAUGAGUCACGCGGCUACGACGGCGGAGUCUGCGUACCGCGCAUCGCGCUCGUAG